UUCAAGUUUGGAUUUUAUUUCCCCAGUAUCAGAGGAUUGUCAAUACAUUAUUAGAUGACAGUCUAGAUAAAACAUCACAUUGGCAAACAUGUAUUUUGGAUUAAUUUUCAGAUUUUAGCAAAAAAGACAUGACAACUGUUAGAGAUAAGACCGUGCUCGUCAUCAUUGUGAUCUUGGCCAGUUUAGUUUAUCAACAUGCACGAGCUGAGGAGGGACAAUUCUAUGGCGGAUCAAUGAGCUACAAAAUGGAGAAGCAAGCCAACGGCACCAAUCUGGUGACCAUCGAGCUGAUUACAGGAUGGGUACUAGGGAAAGGUCCCUGUGGUCCAGGUUGUAACAGCUCAGACAUAGGUAGAUCUACACGCUCUACAAGAUCGUUAAUGACGAGAACAUAUCCAUACUAUCUAGGGACCUACACGUUUGACUAUCUAAACAAGACCACCAGUAAAACGGAAACUAAAGACAUAAAUGCGUUAGUAUUCUCGACAUACAAUGAAACUGUAAUAGCCGUCAGCGAGACGGAGAGAUGGGAACAGGAACUUCUACAUCUUAGCUUCAUAAUGCCUACUGGGAUAGAAAUAAUAGAUGUAAAUUUUGAUGGUAAAUCAUGGCGGAAAUUAACAAUGCAACGCGGAACUGGCAGAUGGCAUUUCCAAACCACAGUAUCAACAGCUUUGCGUAGUGAUACGGGAAAAUAUAACCGAAGUCCUCGGGUAUUUGCAAAACCGUUCUUUAGGGUUGAAUUAGGCACCGUCACAAAAGUACACAUUCCAGCCGUUGAUGAUGAUGGGGAUUUUAUCAAAUGUAGAAUAGCAGCAUUUGUUGAGGGAGGCGAUAUUGCAAUCUAUCCACCGCCAAAUAUACAGGUCUUUGAAAACUGUACAGUAUCCAUCAAUACAUCAAAGUCUAGCAAUUACACAGAUGACUCAUGGAUCGCCGUGCCAGUCAGUGUGAGGGAUUACAGUAGGGAGAAGAUUACUUAUGGCACGGAUGUUUUCAUGCCGGCUAAAUUUUCAUUUAGUGCAACUACUGUGCAGUUUGUUGUACAAGUGUUAGUUAAUUUUAUUACACCGGACUUUGUAGAACCAACGCAUGAGAGUAAUCAUAUAUUUAUCAUGUAUGCUGACACAUCACUGAGAACAGAAAUAUAUGCCAAAGCACCAGAAAAUACCACAAUUGACAGUUUCACGGCGUUUGGAAUACAGCAUGAAACAUUCAAAUUGUCUUCAAUACAACAGGAUCCGAGACGACCUCAAGUUAAGUAUGCAAUAUUGACAUGGAAGCCGUCUGCUGGCGAAAUCGGACGACAUAUAGCAUGUGCUAAUGCGCGUGACGAUACCGGGGUAGAUUCGGCAGAGGAAAGAUGCUUCAUAUUGGAUGUUAAAGGUGACGUCUUCAACAAUACUACCAAAGUUUUUGCG